GUCAAGAGGUUAGGGUUUUUCUUUCAGUCGAUUUGUGCUGAAGCAUCAAGACGGAACAACGAACACGAACAGUUGUACUGUACAUUAACUAUCAGCACAGAUGUUGAGUGGAGCGUGGAAAUCUUCCACAAAGAUGACGUCACGGAUAACGGUAAUCGUUUUCCUGUUACUCCUGAAGAUUGGUUUCCUGACGAAUGCGCAAGGGGUCCCUGGUUUAACGGCUCACUUCCCAAAUGAAACCGCGCUUAAUGUGAGUUGGAAUGCACCCUCUGACAAUGAAAAGGUCGCCAGCUAUGAGGUCAUUAUUUUAGAAGGAAAUACUGAACUGAAAAAUAUAACUGUGGACAAUAGCACACGUUCCGUGAUUAUCCCCUCUCUGGAUUACUGUAAAACGUACACUGUGAAGGCGGUUGGAACCGUGAGGAACGGGUCGGUGAUAACAACUCCAGCACCAGGGGAAUAUGCUACUUAUCAGUAUAUCACUCCCUGCGCCCCACCUGUAAUAGCGCCCGCGACGCAGAAGAUCUAUGUGCACCAUGGCAAUCCAGUUAAUUUAACAUGCAACUACUCAGGGUUCCCAACACCGUCUCUAUAUUGGAGAGUGAAUGGCCCCGGUGCGAAUAAAAAUGUCAGGCAGGGAACUCCAGUGAUUUUACUCGACCCCAAUGAUCUUAAACCUUCAACAAUUCAAACGCUGACAGUAAAAAACGGAAACAUGCACAUCUCAAGUGUCGAGGAUUUGGACAAACAGCGAAAUUAUACGUGCGUGGUUCAAAACCGUCUGGGAACAGCUUCAGGCGAUGUUAGCUUAAUUUUGGUCGGAGUUUAUGAGACGGUAAAAAUGAAAAUUGAAGUGGAAUGGACCCCAGAACUCCAAACGCACCACCAAAAUAACGACUGCACCAGCUUCCUUUCUCAGCAGUUUAAUUCGGAGGUGGCAAACUUCUCCUCAAAGCUACAGGAUAAGAGAGUGUUUCUUACCCGGACAGUUCUAAGUGUAGGUGUUGAUAUCUCUAUGGAACUUGAUUUCAUAGCGACGACGACAGAAGGAGAUCCGUCUGAUGAAAUAGUAAAAGGAAUCCUGAAUAUGAAAGAUUCAGGAUAUUUUGGUGUGCUACCUAUUAAAAGCGUCACCAUUUUGGGUUUACCACCUCCUCCCCCGACAAACUUGAAACUUGAUGAUAUCCAAGCUAAAGAAGCCACUGUCACGUGGCAGCCACCACACCACGCUGAAGUUUACGAAGUCAGUGAGUUCACUGUGCAGAUGAAAAAGGUUCUGGGUGGAACCGCUGGUUAUGUCACCGAAAUGACUGUGGGCGCUGACGUCACCAAAGCACCACUGAUUAAUCUCGAACCUGAUACCGAAUACCUAGUACGAGUCAGGGCUCAUAGGAAGAAUGAUGGAGGACUGGGAGAGUCGAAGCCGUUGGAAAUGUUGACCUUGAAAGGUGCUUGGCUACAACUAAGGCAGGGGAGAAGAACUUACGGUCCCCCAACUAGUGACAUAAACCUUUACGAGUUUAAUGCUCAACAACUCCAUUCAGCCCGACCGCCAGAGGACUUUCAUCGAAAUUGGCCCGAAAUCCCACGGGAAUACCUCAAAAUCGGAGAUGAGCUUGGCUCUGGGGCUUUUGGUGUCGUUAAGAAAGGAUUCCUAAAUCGAAACAAUAAAGUCAUUGAAUGCGCUGUAAAGAUGUUGAAAAAACAUGGUACUGAAUUAGAGUUACGAGAUUUGUUUAACGAGCUGAACAUUAUGGCUUCUGUCGGAAAUCAUCCGAAUGUGGUCAGCUUGAUUGGAGCAUGCUCGGACGAUGGUCCUUUGUGGGUCGUGGUUAAAUUUGCUGAAAACGGCUGCUUGCUGGAUUACCUUCGGAAGCAUAGAGAAGAGAACUACAAAAACUCUGAUUACGUCAACGUAGAAAAAAAGGAUAGUGAGCAGGUGGAGUCCAAGGAAAUAACCGAUCUUGAGAAAAUUCGCUUCGCGCACGGCAUUGCAAAGGGAAUGAAUCACUUGGCAACAAUGAAGUGUGUACAUCGGGACCUUGCUUGCAGAAACGUACUUUUAGGGAAAAACCGCAUUCCAAUGGUGGCUGACUUCGGACUCGCUCGUGAUAUCUACGAAAGUGGGGCGUACGAAACUACAAGCGGGGGUAAACUCCCGGUCCGUUGGAUGGCUUUGGAAUCACUGCAGGAAUACUCCUUUACUUCCGAAAGUGACGUAUGGGCGUACGGCGUUACUUUGUGGGAGGUAGAAACUGGUGCCAAUGUCCCGUAUGCUGGUCUGGGUGGACUGGAAAUUGUUGACGCCUUAAGGAGGGGUGAACGGUUGCCAAGACCUGAGGGAUGCACUGACAAAAUGUUUGAAAUCAUGAUAGGUUGCUGGCACGCUGACCCAAAGAAAAGGCCAACUUUCGAAGAUAUUGUAAAGCUCACCGAAAGUUUCUUACUGGAGGACUCUGACUACUUGGAGCUAGGAGACGAAACAGCAGAGGAAGGAGAAGAAGGAGAGGAUACUCCGUAUGACGAGGUCCGCUUCAGUCGAAUACCAGAACAGUUUUUGUCCGAUUAUGAAAUAGAAACAGAGGAUUCACGACCAGUCCUUAAGCCCGCGAGUCCAGCCCAGCCUGACGGACAGCUUGCUGAGCAUGAUGGUCAGGAAAAAAAGGAUGAAGGAGAAGGGGAUAAUAAUACACAUUUUUAAUCUAAUCAUGUAACUUGGUCUCCAGCUAUCACUUUGGGGUGCACGUGGUUAACCACCCAACUUCCUGGACUCAUUAUCACGUUAGUUCCUCACGCAGUAGGAAUACAUUAUCCAGUAAGCAGUUUGCAAGAAUUGAAAAACUAGUCCGCUCAGUACUAGAUGAAACUUGAUAAAAUACGUUAUUCUCCUAACAGAUCUCUUAAGGAAGUCUGUAACAACUAGGAGAGAGAACUAACGACUAGAUCGAGGAAGGUUAAGGCUAAGAGAUAUCGUCAUAUGACCAGCAAGGCCCAUAUGCGCUUCAUGUGAAAACAUAAUACAAAAAUCCCCGUAUUAGGGUCGAAGGUGAUGGCGCAAGCAAGGCCUGGGAGAGGCUGCAGAUCUUGCGUUUGGCUCAGCGAGAUGCAAGUUUUAAGAGUACACAUCAAGGGGAAGAUACAGAGGUUAUAUGAUAAAAUGCUUAUUAACUGAGUUAGGUUGGGCCCGAGCGGAAAAAUUUUUCUUUUUCGAAGACACGAUUUGUUGUUUUGAAAAUAUGGGCUCAUAUAAUGACCUCCUCUCACGCUCUUGUAACAUCGGAUGCUGUCAUCGACAAUACUCCAUUUUGAGGAUUACUCUCACACGGACGAUCAAACCAUUGCUAUUAACGAGAGAGAAAUUAACAGAUCACGAUCGAUGUUCGCGAAAUUUUGGUAAAAUAUUCUUUGGCCUUGUCAAUUUUAUGAUGCUGCACAAUUAGUUUGUAAAAAAAGUGGUUACAAUACUAUUACUUUGCAAUAAUCCUAUUAUUUCUACAACGGAUUCUCAAUCUCCCCUUUUGAGAAUGAAUUAAAACUUUUAUUAACUCCA